GCAAACACGAGCACACGAUGUCAGAUACGAGAUACCUCGUGGACGCGACACACAACGCUGCUUACGAUACAUCCUACUCACCAAGCCCUCAUGAUGGGCCAAUAAAUUGGGAUGCAACUCCGUCAAGAAACCUGGACUACUCCACACAGGGCCAGGGGAUGUUUUCUAAUGGUCCAGCGGAUAUGCCAUCAACAGGAGUUGACAUUGACAGUUCAGUCAGCACUCCCCACCCAUCUGGCCACUUUGCUGCGGCCGAGCAGGCACCGCUUGGGGUUUGGGGAUGGUGUAAGUGCGGACUUUGGGUUGUUUCAGCUAUCGUGACAGUAGCUCUUUGUAUUUUAUGGCUUGUCAUUGAAUUCCGAUACUGAGACGCAGUUUACCACGAUUUGGAUUUUUUUUAAAUGAGGUCUGACGAACAACUGUCGGUCCUUUUCAUUUUCCAUGUUUAUAUUUUGUUAAUGAAAAGCUUGUAUUACAUUCCCAAAUUACACUCGUUAAUAUGACUUUCAAACUAUUGUC